CGCUUGCCGGGCUGGCUCCGGCUGUAUCUGGCGGCUGCUUCUGAGGAGGCUGGUUCCUAUUUUAAAUCCAGUCAAGAGAUCAAAAUGGCAGACGCGAGCUGAGCGUGAGGCAGGGAGGAGAGAUCGAGAGCGAGAGGGGGGCGCUGGGCAGAAGGCAACGCUCGGCUCUCCUUCUCCUUUUUCUCUCUGCCCCCCUCCUCUCACAAAUCCUCCGAAAGUGUUUUAAACAUAUGUUUAUGUCCUGGAGGGCAAGAUUUCCUGUGAACGUGACACACAAUGCCUACUGAUCCUGAUGCCUGCCAUUGAAAAAUCAUCUGUGCAUGUUUGAGUUUUAAGGACAUUUGCUGAUGUGUGAUCAGAAUGAGUGGAUUAGGGGAGAACUCCUUGGACAGCAUGACCAGUGAUUCAAGAAAACGCAAGCCAUUGCCCUGUGAUACCCCAGGACCAGGUAUUGACCUUCUUGGAGAGAAACGUCGACGUGAACAGGAAAGUAAAUAUAUUGAAGAACUGGCUGAGCUGAUUUCUGCUAAUCUGAGUGACAUUGACAAUUUCAAUGUCAAGCCGGAUAAAUGUGCAAUUUUAAAGGAAACUGUUAGACCGAUACGGCAGAUAAAGGAGCAAGGAAAAACAGCUUCCACUGAUGACGAUGUACAGAAGGCUAACGUAUCUUCAACAGGUCAAGGGGUUAUUGAUAAGGAUUCAUUGGGACCUCUUCUGUUACAGGCAUUAGAUGGCUUCUUAUUCGUAGUAAAUCAAGAUGGGAACAUUGUAUUCGUAUCCGAAAAUGUCACUCAGUAUUUGCAAUAUAAACAAGAGGACCUGGUUAAUACAAGUGUUUACAGUAUCUUGCAUGAAGAGGACCAGAAGGAUUUUCUUAAAAAUUUACCAAAAUGUACAGUGAAUGGAGUUUCUUGGACCAAUGAAGCACCUAGACAGAAGAGUCAUACAUUUAAUUGUCGCAUGAUGGUUAACACUGUACACGAUCUUCUGGAAGAUGUAGGGAACAACCAAGAUACACAUCAAAGAUUUGAAACCAUGCAAUGUUUUGCUUUAUCACAACCAAGAGCCAUGCUGGAAGAAGGUGAAGAUUUGCAAUCCUGUAUGAUAUGUGUGGCACGCCGUAUCUCAGCAGUAGAAAGGGUAUUUUCACCAAAUACAGAGAGCUUUGUUACUAGACAUGGCCUUUCAGGUAAACUUAUUAACAGAGAUACAAAUUCUCUAAGGUCCAUGAGACCUGGCUUUGAAGAUACAAUUCGUCGUUGUAUUCAGAGAUUUUUAUGUCAAAAUGAAGGACAGCCCUGGUCAAACAAACGCCACUAUCAUGAAGCUUAUAUGCAAGGUCUUGCUGAAACGCCACUCUAUCGGUUCUCCUUAGCUGAUGGAACAAUAGUGACAGCACAAACAAAAAGUAAAUUGUUCCGGAACCCUGUUACCAAUGACCGGCAUGGGUUUAUCUCCACUCACUUUCUUCAAAGAGAACAAAAUGGAUAUCGACCAAAUCCCAGUGCAAUGGGACAGAACAUCAGAACAUCUACAACUGCAAGUACAAAUUCAGUCAGUGGUGUCAUGAACAUGUCAUCUGGGCAAAAUAUACCUUUGCAGAACAGGAACUAUGGUAUGGGAGAUCCUAACUUAAUGGGGCAGAUGAGUGGUGCUAGAUAUGGAGGUCCUGGAAACAUGGGACCUGUGAACUCUGGACAAGGAAUACAGUCUUCUCCUUAUCAGAGUAACUAUGGAUUAAAUAUGAGCAGCCCACCACAUGGGAGCCCAGGCAUGACUUCCAGUCAACAGAAUUUAAUGAUAUCCCCUAGGAAUCGAGGGAGUCCAAAAGUGAAUUCACAUCAAUUUUCUCCUGUAGCAGGUGUGAACUCUCCAAUGGGAACUGCCAGCAACACUAGCAACAACAAUUUUUCAAGCAGCUCACUUAGUGCUCUUCAAGCGAUUAGUGAGGAAGUUGGAACUUCCCUUCUGUCUACCCUUUCUUCACCAGGUCCAAAACUAGACAAUUCUCCAAAUAUGAAUGUUUCUCAGCAAAGUAAAAUGGGCAAUCAGGAUUCAAAGAGCCCCCCUGGCUUGUUUUGUGAGCAAAAUCAAGUGGAGCGUUCCAUGUGUCAGUCAAACAGCAGGGACUCCCUUAGUAACAAAGAGAUCAAAGAAGAGGGCCUUGAAGGCUCUGAUCAGAGGGGACUACCUGAAAGCAAAGGGCACAAAAAACUUCUCCAGUUGCUAACUUGUUCCUCAGAGGACAGGGGACACCCUACACUGUCAAACUCCCCUUUGGACUCCAGUUGCAAAGAACCUACUGCCAAUGCCACAAGCCCUUCAUCUGGAGUCUCAUCUUCUACAUCUGGAGGGGUCUCUUCAUCAAACAUGCAAGAGAAGCAUAGGAUUUUGCAUAAAUUGCUGCAGAAUGGUAACUCUCCAGCAGAAGUGGCAAAAAUCACAGCUGAAGCUACUGGUAAAGACACAUACCAUGACAGUAGUGCUGUUUCCUGUGGCGAAGGAACAGUCAAGCAAGAACAAAUGAGUCCUAAAAAGAAGGAAAACCAUGCCCUCCUUAGAUACUUGCUUGACAAGGAUGAUGUAAAAGAUCCUCUUUCGAAAGACAUUAAACCUAAAAUAGAAAAUUUGGACAGCAAGAUGGGACAGUGCUGUAGUUCUGCCAUAACUACUUCAAGUCAAGAAAAAGAGAUGAAAAUAAAAACAGAACCCACUGAAGAGAUGAGUGGAGAUUUGGUGGAUAAUUUAGAUGCCAUUUUGGGUGAUCUAACUAUUGGUUUAGAGAUCUUGGUUCAGAGGAUCAACCAAUUGCACCUGCUAGUGGAGCUGAUGGCAAUGCACCUGCUGGCGGUCCGGACCGAGCUGCCGACCACCACCAGGGUGCAGUGCCAGAGGGGGCAAUUCCAAAGAGAAAGGUGA